ACAAAGCCCCUUCCCUGGUGUGGAAGUGACAAAAGGCCACUUCAUGAUGCUCCGGACCUGUCGCAUGCUGUGCUCCGGGGCUGGUCCCUCCACUAGAAGCUGGCAGCCUCUGCACUUUGAUGGUGAGGUCUUCCACCUGAAAAACACAAGAGAGCUGACCAGAGCUCUGCUGGUGCUGCGACUCUGUGCCUGGCCUCCCUUGGUCACCCAUGGGCUUGCGCUCCAGGCCUGGUCUCGGCGACUCCUGGGCUCCCGGCUCUCGAGUAUGCUUCUCAGAGCAUCCUUCUAUGGGCAGUUUGUGGCUGGAGAGACAGCAGAGGAGGUGAAAGAUUGUGUCCUGCAGCUUCAACACCUAGGGCUCCGGCCCCUGCUAGCAGUGCCCACUGAAGAGGAGCCAGACUCAGAAGCCAAGACUGGCGAGGCUUGGUACGAGGGGAACCUCAGUGCCAUGCUGCGGUGCGUGGACCUGUCACGAAGCCUUCUGGAGACCCCUGGCCCGGCUGGGCACAGCCUCAUGCAGCUGAAGGUGACGGCACUCGCCAGCACUCGGCUCUGUAAAGAGCUAACCUCCUGGAUCAGAGAGUCAGGAGACUCCUCAGAGCUGAGCCCUGAGCGGCUGGCAGAAACCAUGGACUCUGGGCAGGACCUCCAGGUCUCCUGCCUCAAUGCUGAGCAGAACCAGCACCUCCGAGCCUCCCUGAACCGCCUACACCAAGUGGCACAGCACGCCCGGUCCCAGAAUGUCAGGCUGCUCGUGGAUGCUGAGUACACCUCGUUGAACCCUGCGCUAUCUUUGCUGGUGGCUGCCCUGGCCAGGCGCUGGAACAACUCCGGGGAGGAUGGGCCCUGGGUCUGGAACACUUACCAAGCCUAUCUAAAGGACACACACGAGAGGCUGAAGCAGGAUGCUGAGGCUGCAGAAAGGGCUGGCUUGGCCUUUGGAGUGAAGCUGGUACGAGGAGCUUACCUGAACAAGGAGAGAGAGGUGGCCCAGAUCCAGCAGACUGAAGACCCCACACAGCCCGACUAUGAGGCCACUAGUCGGAGUUACAGCCGCUGUCUGGAGCUGAUGCUUACUCAUGUGUCCCGUCGUGGCCCCAUGUGCAGCCUCAUAGUGGCUUCCCACAAUGAAGAAUCUGUGUUUCAAGCAACCAAACGUAUGUGGGAUCUGGGUAUCCCUCAGGACGGACCUGUCUGUUUUGGACAACUUCUGGGGAUGUGUGACCAUGUUUCUCUAGCACUGGGCCAGGCUGGCUAUGCUGUGUAUAAGUCAAUCCCCUAUGGCUCCCUGGAGGAGGUCAUCCCCUACCUGAUCCGGAGGGCCCAGGAGAACCAGAGUGUGCUGCACGGUGCCCGCAGAGAACAGAAGUUGCUUGGCCAAGAGCUAAGGCGGAGGCUGCUGGGGGGUGCCUGA